UUUUCAAAUUGUGACUUCUUUAUGUGAAGUGUGAGACACACUUUUCUUUUUUUUUUUUCCUGUGAAAACUUUGAAUUUGAAGCAUUUUUACCAAACAAAAUCAAUGAGAGGUAUUUGAUUUUUCUUCUGUUGAAUUAGAAGGCUCUUGUUUUUAAUGGGUGCUGAGUAUUCAAAGCUGAUGUAAAUUCUUUCAGUUAGAAAGUUAAUUUUCAAGUUGACCCUCUCUAUAUGAAAGCUCUCUCUUUAAUGGGCAUUGAUGUAUAUACAUAUGUGUGUGUGUGAAAAAGACAAUUAGCUUGAUCAGCCAAGCUUCCUAAGACACAAUUCCUCAGCUGUUGUUUAUGUGAUUGUUAUAUAUAUUAAAGAAAACUUCGGUAUUCCCAAUUAUGGAAGAGAAAGAUGAUGCGUACACAUUUGAAAACCACAACAGAUCAUCUCCUCUCUCCAUAUUCUUUAAAGAUGCAAGAUUUGUUUUCCGAAUGGACGAGCUUGGGGUAGAGAUAGCGCGGAUUGCCUUCCCGGCAGCGUUGGCCUUGACAGCUGACCCUAUCGCGUCUCUGGUUGACACAGCAUUCAUUGGCCAAAUAGGUCCAAUAGAACUUGCUGCUGUAGGAGUUUCUAUUGCCGUGUUCAAUCAAGUAUCAAGAAUCGCAAUAUUCCCACUCGUCAGUGUCACGACCUCUUUUGUUGCUGAGGAAGAUACUAUGGCAAAUGCAAAAGUAAAUCCAGCAGAACAAGACAGCGAAAGCUUGGAAAUGCAGUCACCUAUAGACAGUGAGAGUGAGAAGUUGAUACCACUAAAUGAUUCUGCUGAGAGUACAUAUAAGUCCGAGUCAAGUGAUGGUAGCUUAGGUGUAGCUAAGGUUAAGCAUGAAAAGAGGCAAAUUCCAUCAGCGUCAGCAGCGUUAAUCAUUGGUGCCAUCCUCGGCCUCCUCCAAGCCGUAUUCCUAAUUUCCCUAGGAAAGCCUAUAUUGAAUUUCAUGGGAGUGAAAUCCGAUUCCCCUAUGUUACACCCUGCUCAGCAGUAUUUGACAUUAAGAUCACUUGGUGCCCCUGCAGUUCUUCUUUCAUUGGCAAUGCAAGGGGUCUUUCGUGGAUUCAAGGACACGAGAACUCCUUUGUUUGCCACUGUGGCGGGAGAUGUAACAAAUAUAGUUUUGGACCCAAUAUUUAUUUUUGUGUUCCGUAUGGGUGUCAGUGGUGCAGCCAUCGCGCAUAUUAUAUCCCAGUACCUAAUUUCGAUUAUACUUUUUUGGAAAUUAUUAGAAAAAGUUGAUCUUAUACCUCCUAGUGCCAAGCAUCUACAAUUGGGUCGAUUUCUCAAAAAUGGUUUUCUUUUAUUAAUGAGGGUUAUAGCCGUAACAUUCUGUGUAACCCUGGCUGCUUCAAUGGCUGCACGACUGGGGCCGACACAAAUGGCUGCAUUUCAGGUCUGCUUGCAGGUCUGGCUGGCAACAUCUCUUCUGGCUGAUGGAUUGGCUGUUGCAGGGCAGGCAAUACUUGCAAGUUCAUUUGCUGAAAAGAACUACGGAAAGGCAACAGCUACUGCCUCUCGAGUGCUGCAGUUGGGAUUGGUUCUGGGGUUGGCAUUAUCAGUUGUCCUUGGAGUUGGGUUGAAGUUUGGUGCUAGAAUAUUUACACAAGAUGCCGAAGUUCUACGCCUCAUCAAUGUUGGCAUUCCGUUUGUUGCAGCUACUCAACCAAUCAAUUGCUUGGCCUUUGUUUUUGAUGGUGUCAACUUUGGAGCAUCUGAUUUUGCAUACACUGCUUAUGCAAUGGUCAUGGUGGCUAUAUGCAGCAUAAUAUUUUUGUUCAUUCUUUCCGCGAGUUAUGGUUUCAUUGGAAUCUGGUUUGCUCUAACCAUUUACAUGAGUCUUAGAACAUUUGCUGGCUUUUGGAGGAUAGGGACUGGAACGGGACCUUGGGAAUUUCUCAGGAGCUGAAAAUGCGCGCUGCUCAACGUUUUAGCAUAGCUCCCCAUUCGUUCUUGAAGAGGAACCUUGUUUUCGAUGGUUUUCUUUCUCAUGGAAACUGUCUAUGGCAGCUUCAGCAAUUUUUUUUUUUUUU